AUGGCUUCAAAUCCACAGGAAGGGCAACCUCAGCCCGGCGACAAGACUCUGCAUGUCUGGUCGAAACCCAUAGAACAAAACGGCGCUGCUGCGACUGACGGACAAAAUGGUGCGACAUCGACGAAUACUCGACCGACUAUUUCUGAGGCCGUGUCUAUGAUCAAGAAGGAUGAUUUUGCCAACAUUGCGAAUACUCCUUGCGCUCGACAGGGUUUCAUUACAGGAAUUGCAUCCGGUGCUGGUAUUGGAGGAUUGAGGUUUGUCAUUAAAGGCAAUGCUGGCAGCGCUGCGAACUGGGCUGUAGGCGUCUUUGUGCUCGGAAGCAUGGCAUCAUACGAAUGGUGCCAGUACCUACGCCGCGAAGAACGUCGCCAAAUGAAACGACACAUCGAAGUGGUAUCAGAGAACAGAAGGGAGCAGGCAAGGAAGAUCCAGGAGGCAAGGAUGGAGCACGAUAAGCUGGAGGCCGAAAAGAAGGCGGCAGGAAAGCCAUGGUACAAGAUAUGGUAA